AUCCAUGUUGACGCUGAAACUGGAAACGUUCACGCUGCAGAGAGCCAGGAGAAGGAGAUGCGUGGAUGGCGUCGAGUUAACAUUCUUGUACAAUCGAACGAGAACGUUGUGUGGAUCUCGAUCAGGGAGAGUUUUUACAUCGCCAUCUUUCAAUUUCAACGCGAGAUUCUUCACCAACCCCAAGAGGACCUAUCAGGGCUACAACAUCUCCUUCACGCCUGCAACCACAAGUUGUCACCAGAUAAUCACGGCAGCUGUUGGUCAGACUGGCACAAUAACUUCCCCUCCAGCAGAAAAAUACUGCGAAUACCGAAUCCAGGCUCCUUCUGGAAGUCGCGUGCAGGUCGACGAAGUUACAUCUAGGAUUCGAGGGACAAGGAACUGUGCAAUUGACUGGCUUCUGCUGAACGGGAGGAGUGAGAGGAUGUACCCGCCAGACACCAGCUUAAUUAUCUGCGGCAAGAGGGUAGUGUCUUCACCUCUGACAUCCGAGACCAAUGAGAUGUACGCAGCUUAUCAAGGCACCAGGAGGAGAAGCCGCGGUGUCACUAUCAAGUAUACCGUCAUCUAAGUCAAACGUUCCUUGAUUUUCUCGCUCACUCCGUGGACGAUGCAAUCACUACUCCAAUGUAUCUGUACGGGCACGAAUUCAUUAUUACACCUGCGACCCUUUCAGUUUACCUCUUGCCCACGAUGUUUCUUUGUUUAAAAUCAUAUCACUGGUAAGCCAAGUCAGCUGAUAAACGAGGAACAGUAGCAUCCUUAUAGUGUUCUACAAUAACCGCCCCAAGAAAAUAAAUAUAUGCAGCAG